AUCACACCAUUGUACUGACAUGGUCUUCUUUCAAAUAGAAUAUCGUGAAUUUUCAAAUUUCUUUGACAGUUUUUAGUGUAACUUUGUAAUUCUUGUUUUUGCAAGAUCCCAGCAUGAAAGAUGAGCGCGUAUUAUGGCAGACUCUAGUCGUAGGUACGAUAGUAUCGAUAGCUCAUGGAAGGUAUGAGAACGUGAACGUGAGGCAGGACUGGUGGGAGACUGCCGUGUUCUACCAGAUCUACCCGAGGUCCUUCAUGGACAGCGAUGGUGAUGGAGUAGGGGAUAUCAAUGGAAUAACAUCAAGACUAGAAUAUCUAAAGGAACUGGGAGUAGACGCUACAUGGCUGUCACCGAUCUUCAAGUCACCGAUGCAUGACUUUGGUUACGACAUAUCAGAUUACUACUCCAUCCAACCGGAGUAUGGUUCAAUGGAAGACUUCGAACAACUACUGAAGAAAGCCAGUGAACUGAAUAUAAAGGUGAUAUUAGAUUUUGUGCCAAAUCAUUCGAGUAAUGAGAGUGAUUGGUUCAUUAAGUCGUCGAAUAGAGAUGAAUAUUACAGCGAUUGGUAUAUCUGGGAGAAUGGGCAUUUGGACGAUCGUGGUCAGAGGAGUCCGCCUAACAACUGGGUCAGUUUAUUCAGGAAGAGUGCUUGGACCUACAUGCCAUCUCGUGAUCAGUAUUACCUCCAUCAGUUCGGAGACAGCCAGCCUGAUUUUAAUUACAGAAAUCCUGUCGUUGUUGAAGAAAUGAAAAACGUUAUAAAAUUCUGGUUGGAAAAGGGUGUUGCUGGGAUGCGAAUUAAUUCCGUCAAUCAUCUCUUUGAAGUUGAUAAGGAUGGUUUUGGAGGGAGAUAUCCUAAUGAGCCAAUGACUGGCAAGCCUGGAGUACGUCCAGAUGAUUAUGCAUAUCUAGACCAUAUCUAUACUAAGGAUCAGGAGGAGACUUACGAUAUGGUAUCCCAGUUGCGAGACGUGUUCGAUGCUAUCACUAUUAGGGAUAAUUUAACCAGAGUUAUGAUGACCGAAGCCAACACUAACAUAAAGAACGCUGUCCGUUAUUACGGUGAGGGUCACCAUACAGGAGCUCAUAUACCAUUCAACUUUGCUCUCAUUGAAGAUCUGGACAAGGACUCAGAUGCUAGAGAUAUUAAGUAUGCUAUCGACAGAUGGCUGACGUACAAGCCAUUGAAGAGACAGGCUAACUGGCUGACUGGCAACCACGACAAGAGCAGAGUAGCAUCACGAUUCAGGCCUGAACUCGUCGAUGCCUUCAACAUGCUUGUGCUGUUACUACCCGGGAUCGCUAUCACUUACAUGGGCGAAGAAAUAGGUAUGGUAAAUGGGUUCGUGCCGUGGAGUGAAACGAAGGAUCCUCUUGCCUGCAAUACGGACGACCCGGUUAAUUUCAUCGAAGUUUCCCGAGACCCAGUGAGGACCCCGUUUCAGUGGAGCAACGGAAAACACGCAGGGUUUUCAAAUGCGGACACAACAUGGCUGCCAGUGGCUGAAGGAUACGAGAACUUGAAUGUUGCCGCUCAAAGGUCCGCGGUCCGCUCUCACUACCAGGUGUACCGGACUUUGACGAACCUUCGCAUUCGACCUGCUUUUAGGCUCGGCAGAUACGAAUCUUUGGCGCUUAACAAUGAUGUGUUUGCUUUUAAAAGAUGGUAUAAUGACGAUACUUAUGUCGUUGUUAUCAACGUGGGCAAGGUCUAUCAUAUCGUGAACCUGACAGCCUUCGACUUGAUCUUCGGGCAGUUGGAGGUUGAGGCUAGCAGCGUACUAUCUUCUAGAACCUACAGUGACAGUGUCCAAGCAAAUUACUUAGAUCUAGCAGCGGACGAAGCUCUCGUUCUCCGAAUGCAGGUUUGAAGACAACCUCUAAUAAUACUAAUUGAUUGUACUUCAUAUCAAUUAUAAUAAAGUCUAUUACGUUACUA